GUGAGAGCUAUUAGUACAGCGCCCGCUAAACGAGUGCCCCUUCCGGUCACAGAAAGCCUUUGGCGAGUGGUGUGUGUAGCCGCCGUGUGCCUUGCCUUAACCGAAAGUCUAUAAAUGUAUCCUCCCGCACCGCAGUGAGUUCCAUUUUCGCAUUUUUGUGCGACGAACAGUACCCCGGUGCGAGGAUCCGUGCACGCUAUUGCCACGUGGCAGCGGCGAGGCUGACGGGCUACAACACUAUCUACCAAUUUUCUGUGUGAUACUUUACUGGGUGCAGUGCGUGAGGUCUGUUUCAACUCCAACAGCCUAGAAAACAAACAAAACAACAAAAAAAACACACUUACCGACAUGGGUUUACUCGCACCAACCACAUCCUGCGACGGCGAGGAAGAGCUGCAGGUACAGCUGCGCAGCGUUAUCAUCACCCGGUCGAAGGCGGGUGCAACGGUGGACGAAAUAAUAGACGACUAUCGGGAGCUAACGGGGAUACACCUGCUGGACCGAUUUUACACCCAUUCCGCGCUGCUAAACUACCUUUUCGGGAUGGAGGGCGUUUGGUGCUCGACCGACGGUGCACAUGGUUUGAUGCUGUGGUUCUGCCGGACAGCCCGGACGAAGCACGUGGUCGACAUGAUACAGGCGCAGCGGUCCCCGCGCGGCGGCCCCGGCGGCAGCAAUUAUCGACGCUAUAUGCCACGUGCAACCGGGGCGCCGGUGAACAACUUUCAGUACUGCUACUCGACGGCCGGCACGCAAAUGGGCGGACCCGGCACCGUGGAAUCGGAUGGCCUUUUCGGCGAUAUGAUGCCACAGCCACAGCCGGCACGGCCCUACCGUGUGAGGCGUGCGCCCCGCGCCGAGAGAAGACAUCCGUACACGCGUCGAAGCGGCGGCCAGCACCGGUCCGCAGGUUGGAGACAGUCCCGAUCGGAUGAGCUUGAUUUUUCGAUGUACGGACCGUCGUACCAUCGUCAUCAGCUGGUGGGAGACGACUUUUUCCUAGCCAUAGCUAAAUGGGAGCUCGGAUUUUCAUUCGAUCCAGGCCACGACAUCGAUAUGAGCGGACUAUGCAUCUCAGGACUAACGCUCUCGGAGGCUGCCAAACGCGUCGAGAUGGCGCCGUUCAUCGCGGACCACGUGCUGGUGAACGUCGGCACGGUCGAUCUGCUGCACGGACGCGCGAUGAUCGAUCUGAUCCAUGACUUCAACCAGCUGGUGGCCCGGUUCCGCGAGCGUAACGUGGAACCGAUCAUGACAACGCUGACACCGAUCGCCAACAGUGGCGGCCGCACGACGAUGGCCGAGCGGCUGCUCAAGCUGAACGAGUACAUCUGCCGCACCUGUCCGCGCACGAUCGAUCUGUGGAAGCACUUUGUGCACGCGGACGGUACGGUGCGGUUCGAGUGCUUCCAGCCCGGACCGCGCAAGGUGUCCGGCAGCAUCAUGCCGCACGUGCUGUGGAACAAGCUCGGCCGGCAGCACAUGCUCGGUGUGCUGGGGAACGAAAUAGCCGCCCAGCUGACCACCAGCGAAGAGUGGCGGUACUACUGACCGCUCAAUCGUUCAUUUGCCCCGUACCAUCCGUCCCUUUCGAUGGGGUGGGGGUUGGGACGUGUUUCGUAGUGUUAAGAUUUCCUCCUCGCAGUACGGGGCCUCGCACCAUUUCCCCUCCCCGCACGCGCACCCAGUUCCCACCGUUUUCUUUUAACUUGUUAUAUUCGUGUUACUGUUUCGCGUUGGUGUCCAGCGUCUCUUAUCCUUUACGUUGUGAAUAAGUCGCGCGCGCGCGUAUUUUUGUGCUUGUUGUUUGCUUAGUUACAUCGCUUUUAAUGUUAACAACAAACGCGGUAUCGGUGCCAAUUGUUCCCACCGUAUGGCAACGCGGCACUAGAACGGCACACUGUACACCUUGACCCCGGGAUCAAGCGCAUCGUACGGUGUGCUGUUCGUCUAUCCCCCGCGGGGUGGUGGUGGUGGUACGGGCACGCUAGCACGAAGCAGCAAGAGUUUGUCCUUCCGGAAGACGAAUUGGCUUGAUGCUUCGCAACAACUGUGCUGGGCCCAGAUCGUGCUCGUACCCAAGCCGCACCGCUGUGACGCCAGAGGCAGUUCCAGUUUGGUGGUUCUUCAGCAGAUCGGCCGAUGUCUUGGAGAGCCAGUAGCCUCGAACUCCCAGCAUACUUCGUUUCGGUGCGGUAACUAGUACAUUGACUUGCAACGUGUGCCAGCGACCGGUCCUGUUGUAAGUCAGUUGCUAAAAACCCACCGCCCCGCGGUGCGAAACGUUCGUUGCCAUGGGUACGGAACAUGGCAGGCGCAUGAUAGAACCUUGAGCGAACAUUAUUUAUCCUGAUCAU